UACACAAAACUCUCACUAAUUCCUGUUUCUCCCAACCCCAAGAGACUCCUCCGAGUGCCCAACUGUAUGAGACAGCUUUAUGCAGGAAUGGGGGAAUGAAACCCAAUGGGGUCCUGACCAGAUCUCAGUGGUUUUCGGGGAGACUUGUAACUGAGGGUAACAAUGAUGAAAAUGCUUCCGUUUGGGGCUUCUUGGAACCAAGAGGAAGAAUCUAGGACUGACCUGUUACGGCUCAAAAGUGUUCAUGAGAUGCCCCUGUUUCUGGCUGCUAAAGAGAAUGACGUUGGGCGCCUACAGGAGCUUCUGGGUUCAAACCAGUGUUAUUCCAGCCAGAGAGGGGCCUCGGGCGAGACCGCUCUCCAUGUUGCAGCCGGUUAUGACAACUUGAGAGCCGCAGAGACUUUGCUGACUGCAGAUCCCAGCUUGGUGAAUGUGCCAAUGACAUCACAGCUCUAUCAAGGGCAGACGGCUCUGCACAUUGCGGCUGUGAAUCAGAACAUGAACCUGGUGAGGAUUCUCAUAGACAAAGGGGCCGAUGUCUCGUCUCCACGCGCAACUGGCAGCUUCUUCUCCCUAAAGGCUACAAAUCUCUUCUACUUUGGGGAACACAUUCUGAGCUUUGCGGCCUCGGUGGGAAAUGCCGAUAUUGUCAAGUUACUGGUUGAGAAAGGAGCUGAUGUUCGUGCCCAGGACUCUUGGGGCAACACUGUCCUACACAUAUUAGUUCUACAGCCCAACAAGGCCAUGGCCUGCCAGAUGUUUGAUCUUCUCACAUCCCUGGAGUGUGGGCAGCGGUGGCCUCCCUUAAACCAGAUGGUAAAUCAUCAGGGUCUCACCCCAUUAAAACUGGCUGCGGCGGAGGGGAACGUCAUGAUGUUCCAGUACCUGAUGCAGAAGGGAGUCCGUAAGGUGCCGUCGAUGGGUCCCCUUUAUUAUACUCUCUACGAUAUGACUGAGAUUGAUUCUUGGGGUUCCCCAUGCUCUGUCCUCCACCUUCUCGUCUCUUCAAGGAAGUCGGAGGCUCGCAAGAUCCUCGACAUCUCUCCAGUUAAGGAGCUGGUAAAUGAGAAAUGGCAGAGCUUCGGGCGCCCGUAUUUCCUGCUCCUCGGCGCCAUUUAUGUUCUGUACAUGAUCUGCGUCUCUCUGUGCUGUGCCAAUCGGCGCCUCGUACCCAUAACGGGAAACGCCACCAGCCCGCGGGACAUCACGCUGCUCAAACAAGCGCCGCUCUUGGCGUCGUAUAUCUCCCCCGCGGAUGAGCUGCGCCUGGUGGGGGAACUCAUCACGGUUAUUGGGGCGCUGGGGAUGCUGCUGCUGGAGAUCCCAGUGUUAAUGGGCGCUCAGAGCAUUUCUUUCUUUAAGGACCCAGUUUCAGGGGGGCCAUUUCACCUUAUUCUAGUUCUGUAUUCCUGCAUGGUCCUGGCCACUUUGGCCCUGAGACUCACAGACUCUGAUGGAGAAAUUAUCCCUAUGUCGCUGGCUCUGGUGUUCGGAUGGUGCUACAUUAUGUUCUUUGCACGUGGCUUUCAGAUGACUGGACCCUUUACUGUAAUGAUACACAAGAUCAUAUUUGGAGACGUUCUGAGAUUUUUCUGGCUGAUGAUGGUGGUUAUUCUUGGUUUUGGAACAGCUUUGUUUGUGGUGUUCCAGACAGAAGAUCCCACCCAGAUGGGGGUAUUUUACAAUUACCCCAUGUCCCUCUAUAGCACAUACCAACUACUCAUCAAUGUCAUCAACUCCCCUGCCAACUAUGCUGUGAACCUGCCCCCCAUGUACAGCAUCGUCUACUUUCCCUUUACUCUGAUUGCAAACCUGAUGAUGAUGAACAUGCUAAUCGGCAUGAUGGGCGACACCCACUGGAGGGUGGCACAGGAGCGGGACGAGCUGUGGAGGGCGCAGCUGGCAGCUAUUACCAUCAUGCUGGAAGGCAAAUUCCCAAAGUGGUUCUGGCCUCGCCUCGGUGUCUGUGGUUCUAAGUAUGGGCUGGGGGAUCGCUGGUACCUCUGUGUAAAGGAAAGUCAAGAUCCCCAGAAGAUCCUGUUCCCACCCCAGAAACCCCAGUCUCCACCCCAACAGCAGGUAUCUGGGAAAGGAAAACCAUCAAUAACAAUUACAGAUAUGGGAAAUAAUCAGCAAUUAAAUGGUUCUGGGGCACCGAUUGCCCAAAGGAGAUCCAGCCGAGGGUGGCAGAUCCUACGCGGUGCCACUAUCGACCAAUUAAAGGGCACAUCUGUGUUUAAAAGAGAAAGUCACCAGGAAGUCUUCUACAUUUAGACUAAGGCUUCCUACAUCCUUCCUUUCAUCAUUGAGUAAUGUUAUUAUUUAGUAAAUUUGAUCCUUCCUCUCUGGUCUCCUGGAUCUAUAAUGAUAGUAUUGUUAAUGUAAAGGACGUAUCAAACUCAAUGAAAACAGUGUAUUUUGUAUAUUUUUUUAGCUGAAUGAAAUUAAACAAUAGUUCAGGUUCUUAGAAGGGUGGGUAUUUAUACUCGGGGGGGCAUUUACUAACAUUUGUAUUUUUUUCAUGGUUUUUUUAGUGAUUUAUUAAGCAUAAAAAUCAUAAAAACCACUAAUACAAAACUUUGCCUUCUAAAAGCCAUUGGGGACCUGUUGAAGUCAAUGGGAACCCGGGGCAAAUUGAAACAAUCUUUAAUUCAUUUGUGGUUUUAGACGUUUUUGGGUUUUUUGUUUGUAAGUUCACAAAGUUUUAUGGAAAGAAUUAAAAG